AUGAUGGACCGGAUAACGAGUAGUUUCAAUCCGAUAGAUCCGCCCACUGAGCUUCAGAUUCUUGCUACCACAUAUAAUUCAGUUUCUCUUUCAUGGAGAAAUGUUUCAAGCACAAACCGAUAUAAUACAUACAGAAAUGGUAGUAAAACUAAUAAUGAAAUCAUAAGUGGUACGACAUUUACAGAUAAUAAUUUAAAUUCUGGUACAACAUACACAUUUAUUGUCAAAGCUAUAUUAUUGACAGGUACAGCAAUUAUAGCUUCAAAUUACGUUACUGCUAAAACAACAGAUAAUUCACCAGCUGUAACAAUGCCGAAUGGCUUAAUAGCUACAUAUAUUACUGGUAACUCAAUUACUUUGAAAUGGAACUCAGUUUUAGAUGUUGCAACAUAUAAUAUUUAUCGUAACGAAAAUAAAGUAGCAAAUGUUACACUCACAUCAUUUACCGAUACAUGUUUGAAACCUGCAACGAAUUAUCGAUAUCAAAUUUCAUCAGUAAAAGAUUUAACUGAAAGUGAAAAAUCGAUUGAAUUCAAAACUAGAACAGUUACUCUUAAUGUAUGCUUUAAUGAUAACAAUUACAAUCAUGUAAUUUUAGGAAGAGCUUAUCACAGUAUGAAUUAUGCACUACCUGUUGAUACAAAUGAAAACCGAUGA